GCUUCUCAUCUGCGCCCACUGCAUGACAAUCCUAUAAAACACAUUCAUAUGAAAGAUACUUCAAACCGAUCAUUACCCUUCGUUUAUCGAUCAGCAUACGACUACGAGCAACUUCGAGACGAAAAGAAACAAUGAUGACCAAGCUCUGGAUCAUGGCUGGCUGUAUGGCGGCGGCCUUCUCAACUGCUACAUCUGUGAACACCCUUCAAGAACACAACAUUCCACUCAGACUAGCCCUCGAAAUUGCUCAGGGUGCAGUCCAGGACUGUGCCAACAAACAAUACAGUGUAUCAGCAGCGGUAGUUGACCGUGCGGGUGUCCUACGCGCCCUGCUUCGGGCUGACAAUGCCGCUAUUCACACACCCGAGGCGUCUCGCCGAAAGGCCUAUACGGCCGCAUCGUCGCGCACAGCAACCAGUACUAUGGUCAAGAACAUCCAAAAUCCUGGCGCUGCCCAACUUGUGGCGGUGGAGGAUUUCCUUAUUCUCGCUGGUGGCGUCCCAAUCAGAGUCGGAAACGAGACAAUCGGCGCUGUUGGUGUCGGUGGUGCUCCCAGCGGAGAUCUCGACGAGUCCUGUGCCAUGGCCGCGCUCCAGCAGGUGGCCGAAAAGCUUGUAUAAACUGUAACGUCAGGCACGAUAUUCUAUUGGAGAACAGGAAAAGUCCACUCCAUGGGCUCUUUUCGGCCAGCAUGUACUAGCACUGGUCUGUUGCUUUCGUAUUGGGCAAUGCCGUAAGGCUGUUUUGGUGAUAAUGGCCAUUGAGAAAAUUCGAAUGUACAAGAAGCACUUUUUUUGGCCUCCUUCGGUGCGACCUAGAG